GUCCACCAACAUGAAAUGAAACUAAAAUGAUGUCACCUAAAUUAAAUUAUCUCGUCAGUGGCAUCCCACUCGACGAAUAAUAUUUUGUUCUCGGACAGAAAUGUGAAACUACAACAAUUUCGACGCACAGGACGGUUUCGGGCAUCAGUGGGGGCGCAUUCCCGCUUGCUUUUCCGCCACAGUUUGAACUGUUGUGUCCGGUUGUGUCACAGGCGACAGAUGUUUACAAGGAUUACAUUUCGCUCUAACAAGAAAACUUGUUGUUUUUUUGUGUUUGUUUUUGUGUUUGUUUUUGUUUUUUAUCAUUAUUAGUCGCAUUCUCUUAUCAACGAAGGUAGCUGUUUUUACUCAACUGGCCACAGGUCGUCAGCUGUAAUGUCUCUGCCUCCAGAGAAAGCGUCCGAGCUGAAGCAAAUUAUUCACAGCCAUCUGCUAAAGAUGGAUAUCCACGGAAAGAUCCGAGAGGUGCUGGCUGAGACUGUGAGGAAUGACCAAGGUCCAGCACAUCAGUCUCUGUCUGAGGCCGAUUUCCUCCGUGCUCUGCAGCGCAGGGGCAUCAUAGAUGAUGUGAUGAAGGACCUACACUUCACCAAGGAGGUAACAACAGAUGCAGAAACAAGAUCUCCUCCAAAGCCUGCUACUCACUUUGUUGACAAGACUGUUACUCAUCUGGAAAAAACCAAUAUUGACCCGUCCAGGCGGUACCUGUAUCUCCAAGUGCUUGGUGGUAAGGCCUUUCUGGAGCACCUCCAGGAGCCUGAGCCUUUACAUGGCCAGGUGUGUUCCACAUUUACGCUCUACCUGCACUUCCGCAACCAGAGGUUUCGCUCAAAGCCAGUGCCCUGUGCUUGUGAACCUGCCCUAACGGAAGGCUUCCUCUUAGAGAUCCACAGAGAUGGCAUAGGAGAGGGCAGUAAAAUGGUGGAUGUGACCACCAUGCUUUCUAUGUGUGACCCGGUUCACUUGGUGUUGAUCAGGACAGACACCUCCAGUGAGACGACGCUGGUCUCGUCCUACUUCCUGGACUGGAGGACAGUCCUCAGCUCGCCCAGUGGGAAGACCUGCUUUGCCGUUGAGCUGAUGGGAGUUGGAAGUGAAUGUAAAGUCCCAGCUGGUGUUUUGACUGUCAGUCUGGAGCUCUACCCUCCUCUCACAGAGACUCUGAGCACUGACAUCAUCAGCACACAGCAAUCACUGGAGAGGCAGAGGACGGCUGAGAAGGAGCGACUCUUCUUGGUUUAUGCUAAACAGUGGUGGAGGGAGUUCCUUGAGAUACGUCCGUCACACCAAUCCAAAAUGGUGAAGAUCUUUGCACAGGAUGAGAACGGCGUCAACAGGCCGGUGUGUUCCUAUGUCCGUGUCCUCCGGGCUGGCCGCAUGCUGGAGAGCCCUCGACAGGCGGCCCGCUUCGUCAGCCUGCUGGUCCACGAGAAGGCCCCGGUGGUGGGAGGAGGAGGAGGCAAGCAGGAGCAGUGGUGCACAUUAAUGGCUUUCCUCUGUAGAGGGAAGAGACAAUGGCAGAUUUAUAGCCUCUCGCACCAAAGGUCCUGUCAGCUGGGAGACUGUGAGGACCACGCCACCCUGCUGUGCAGCCUCCUGCUGGGCUUUGGCCUGGAUGCGUAUGUGUGUGUGGGCACCAAAGCCAAGGGAACGGCGCACACCUGGGUCCUGACCCGCGGCACUGAUGGGAGCAUCACCUUCUGGGAGAGUCUGACAGCACACAGAUAUCUGCACCGGGCCAUAGACCCCGAUGCACCGCCGCUGGCCCCCCAGCCCAAACCCUCCUCCCCCUACCGGACUGUGGGUUGCGUCUUCAACCACCACACCUUCCUGGCCAACUGCCAGCCCUCUGAUGCUGUGGAGCUCUGUGUCUUCGACUUCCAGAAUCAGUCGCGGUGGAAGGCGAUGAGCGAGGAGGCUCUGAAGUCUGUUUGCGCUCCAGGCUCCACCACCUCUCUGGCCCCUCUGCCUCCACUCUGUGCUCCAUCUCUGGAGCCUGCUGCUGCCAGCAACCAGCUGGAGCUGGAGAUGCGUUACCUGGUUUCUGAACACAGGAAGGACCUGGAGUUGGCGACAGUGUGGGACGACCAUCUGUCCUACCUGCUGUCCUCGGCGCUGUCGGCCUAUGAGCUGGAGCGCUGCACCGGCGUUUCCUGUGGCAACGAGGAGUUUCAGGAUGCAGUGAGGAGGGCGGUGCCAGACGGACACACCUUCAAAGGCUUCCCCAUCCACUUCCUGCACCGCAAUGCUCGUAGAGCCUUCGCGACCUGCCUCAGGUCUCCGUUCUGUGAGGAGAUAGUGUGUUGUCGUGGUGACCACGUGAGGCUUGCGGUCCGUGUUCGGGUGUUUGCCUAUCCUGAGAACGCAUGUGCGGUGUGGCUCAUGUUUGCAUGUAAAUACCGCUCUGUGCUCUGACCAGCGGACACGUGGUGCUACCAGCUUGUGUUGUACACUGACCCCGGACAAUAUUUCAGAUCUUCAUUCAUGCAAGGACACUUCAGGCCUGGUUGUUAUAGAUUUGUGCAUUGCCACAAGGAUACCUGGCCUCAGUGAGACAUGUGACAGACAUGUUUGUGGCUGUCUUCUCUGUGGUGCUCAGGCUUUUAUUUUGUAGUCCAGUAGACCCCUCAUUUGUACAGACACUCAGAAAUGUAUUUAUAUAUCUAUUUUUGUAAAUAAACAGAACUUUGUUCA